AUGGAGACCUACACCAAGCAUUGUCUCCGCGGGGAAGCUGUAGGAGCUAAAAUAGCGUGGCCUAAUGACAAGAUAAUUUUGGACGAACUCAGUGAACCGCCUAAUGCAGCCAACACUAAUGGAUCCGAGGAUACAACCUCGUCAAUUGGAAAAGUGCAGAUCUUUGAUUGGAAUUUUGAUGAUGUCCUCGUUGCUGAUGGUAUUCUGUGUUCAACUGACCCAAAAGAAUUGGUGAAUGAUAUUCCUCUCGGUCCAAAUGCUGCAAGCGUGAAGAUUCAGAAUGUAGUUAAAGACGAUGCUUUCUUAUGGAGGCCUAGUGCUGAGAUAUCAGUGAUGGGUGAUGCACUUCACUUCAAUAUCGCUUGGCCUGUUGAUAAAAUACGCUCACCUACUAUACCUUCACGAGAAGAUUCAGCCACAAAAUCAACUCAGAGUGGUAGUCAAAGUACUGGUAGCAGUAAUGGUUGGAAACAUAAGUGCAUAUUAUUGGCCUGUGAUGGUAACUCCGAAUAG